AUGUCGCCCUCCCAGUCCGCUGCCAGCUCCAGAUCGCCCUCCAGAUCUAGAACGCCGAACAACAACAGCAACAGCAACAACAACACGCUGUCACAUUCUGCGUCCUUCCCCGAUGUCCAGUCGGCCGCCUCCUACAUCUCCUACCCCGUCUCUCGCGUGGUGUCCGGUCUGUACCGGCGCCUGAAGAAUAAUAAUAAUGACAAUAACAACAACAGCAACAAUUCGUCGCAACAACAACCCCGCCAUGCGAGAAAUACCGUCAUGACCCCUUCCUCCACCACCUCCUCCGAAGUCUUCACGCCAAAACGCACCGCGUCUCCCUUCCAGCCGCCGCCACUGACCCCAUUGACGCUCAAGUCAACGGCCGACACCACCCAUCAGCUCCUCACCGUCGCCCUGGCGGAGGAGAUCCGGCUGCUAGUGCCGCCGCGGCUGCAGCUGGUCGACACCUGGCGGCUGGCCUACAGCCUGGAGCGCGACGGCUCGUCGCUGGCAACGCUGUACGAGAACUGCAGGCAGUACUCGCACCGCAGCCAGCGUGCGGGCUACGUGCUCGUCGUCCGCGACACCUCCGGCGGCGCCAUCUUCGGCGCCUACCUGACCGACCCGCCGCAUCCGUCGCCGCACUUUUACGGCACGGGCGAAUGCUUCCUCUGGCGGGCGAGUGCCUUGCCGUCGACGCCUGUCGUCACGCAUCGGGGCAACAAUACUGCUGGUGGUGACCACCUGAUGACGGACGAAGAGCUCGAGAGAGCAGGACUACCGCCGCCGCCGAGCGCAGACACGACACACGCCGUCCGCAGCACGACCUUGCGAGCGAAUCCUCAAAAUAAUAGUGCUACCGCCGGCGGCGACCAUCUCGCGCCUCCUGGAGAGGCGAACGGAUCUUCAGCAGCAGGAAGCAGCAGCUCCCGAAGCGGCACCAGCACGCCCGAGAGAAUCCGAUUCAAGGCAUUUCCUUACAGCGGAGUGAACGACUACAUGAUGUUUUGCGAAACGGGGUUUCUGAGCGUAGGCGGAGGGGACGGCCACUACGGCCUCUGGAUCGACGACUCAGUCGAGAAAGGCGUCAGCUCGUCCUGCCUCACCUUCGGCAACGAGCCCUUGUCGGACGAGGGCACCAAAUUCGAUAUUCUGGGCGUCGAGGUCUGGUACAUCGGGGCGUGA